UUUGACAACAAUACCGGGCGAAACUGUGUUAUAUUUUCCUGAACUAAUGACCGUUUAAGUCUUGCAUUUUGAAAUACUAACCGUUCCAAACACUCAAACUACCAGGUUAAGUGUUGUGUCUUUUUGGGUUAAUCAUUUCACAAACUGUGUACACUUCAAACCUAGCUAGUUAGCGUGUAUGCUAACUCCAGUUGACAGUCACGUUGAGCUAGCAAGAAAUGUAAUUAAAACCGGUGUUGUAACAUGGAUUUAAACCCACUGUGCAGCAAAACGGCAUUUUCAGAAGUCAAACAUUACUACAAUUAAAGGGAAAGUGUAAAAAAUUCAAAGCACGUCACAAUACAUACCUGCAUUACGCUAAAAGUCCAUAGAUUUAGUAGGUAUAUUGUUAAUUACAGUCUUCUUGUAUGUGCUUCCUUUCAGCAGUUUAUCUAGUGCAUGGCUGCACACCGCAUUUUGCGAAUUAUUCAACUCCUGAAGAAAUCAGUGCCCAAACAACAAGUCUGGACAAACCGAAGGAAGACGUCAUUUGUGGUGUCAGCUCCAGUUAUAUUAAUGACUGCCCUGACAGACUUUGAACCUUUGGCAAAGAAACUCAGGAUUGAAAUCAGUACCCCAAAGUCCCAUUCAUCUGUACAAGGUUCCUCUUUGCACUUGGAGAACAUAAAUAAUGUCAUAGUGGAUAAAGAAAGAAGAGAAGAGAACAGAGAAAAACAAAUGGAUAUAAAGCCGAAGACUGGAGCAGGUGGGCUGCGAGGCGUGAAAAUAAAUAAUCCCAACAGAAUCAGCCCUAGACAGCAAAAAAAGUUAAAGAAUACUCUCGACCGAUGGCUAGUGAAGCCUCAGAAAAACAGUGAUGAAGUGGACCAGAACCAAGAGAAUGUUGAAAUGACUGAUGAAAGUGUUGUUCAAAGCACCUCAGCUCAAUCUGUGGACUGCCAGAAUGCAGAACAACCUGCUGCUGUGUCUGAUCUGGAUGAAGAAACCCAACCCCUGACACCACAGGACCUGGAGGAAGAUGCUUUGCAGUCGACACGGACUGCAGUUGAUGAGUUUAAUGAGAUGCUGACCAGUGAUGAUGGUGAUCUGGAUGAACAGGAAAUGGAGACGUCCUCUAAAAGUGCAGAGUUCUCUGUUAAACAUCAUGGCAAAAUCACAGACUUCUUUCCAGGGGGAUCGUCAUCAUCAUUAUCAUCUAGUUUUGCUGCCAAACGUCGUUGGUCUGAUCCAAAAGAACCAGAUGUGGAAAAGGAAACUGAAAAGCCUAGUGUCACGUGGCUGGGGGUGCCAAUCAGUGAACUGAGGAGAAUGCCUGAAUGUGGAAGACCACUUCAUCCCCUGAAGGAUGUUCCUGGACAUCACACUGUGAUGAUAAGGACAGACCUCCUCCAGAAGGGUAGAGUUCCAGUACCAUAUCCAACAAAGUUUAGGGAUAGCUGGGAUGAUAUCCAUGUCAAAAUGCCCUGUUCCAGUAGGAAUUUGUUUCCUGUAAAAGAUGAGGAAACUCAAGAACUUCAGAAUAAAAGUCGGUGGGAGUUGAUUGAAGAAGCUUUAACCAAGAAAUUUGCAAGUCCUCUUGACCUAAAGGAUGCAAUACUGAGAUACAACGCUUCAAAUGCCAAGAAAUGGGACUUCACCGCAUUGAAUUUGUACUGCACUAAGGCCCUGGAUCCUGAUGCUGCUGAACAUCUGUUUGGCUCCCUGCUGCCAGACAUGGUGCAAUUAGCACUGAGAGCAUCUGAGCUCUGUACCAAGCCGCUGCCACUCCUCAAGGGAGGGAUGAACCACUCCAUCACCAUGUCUCAGGAGCAGGUGGCGUGUCUGCUCGCCAACGCCUUCUUCUGCACUUUUCCCCGUCGAAACUCGAGGAAGACCGAGUACUACAACUACCCAGACAUCAACUUUUUCAGGCUGUUUGAAGGCUCCUCUCUCAAGAAGAUUGAGAAACUGAAAACCCUGAUGUGUUAUUUCACAAGUGUCACUGAACAAAGACCAAACGGACUUGUAACAUUCACACGAAAAUGUUUGGAGAGACCUGUGGAUUGGAAAAGUUCACAGACUCAGCUCACCAGACUCCACAUUACAUGUGAAGGAACCAUUGAAGAUGAUGGUCAUGGGAUGCUUCAGGUGGAUUUUGCCAAUCAGUUUGUGGGUGGAGGCGUCACCAGCACUGGUUUAGUUCAAGAGGAAAUCCGAUUUCUGAUCAACCCUGAGCUUAUCGUUUCCCGCCUCUUCACCGAAGCUCUGGACCAUAAUGAAUGUCUGAUAAUCACAGGUACACAGCAGUACAGUAAAUACACAGGCUAUGCUCACACCUACCAAUGGAGCGGCAGCCACCAGGACAUAACCCCAAGGGAUGACUGGCAGAGAAGAUGCACAGAGAUCGUGGCCAUAGAUGCACUGCAGUUCAGGAGAUUUCUCGACCAGUUUCAACCAGAGAAAAUUAAUCGGGAGCUCAAUAAGGCUUACUGCGGCUUUGCUCGUCCUGCGGAAAAAAGCGAAAACCUUGCAGCGGUGGCUACAGGAAAUUGGGGCUGUGGCGUUUUUGGGGGAGACACACGUCUUAAAGCUCUGCUCCAGAUGCUGGCAGCUGCUGAGGCGGGUAGAGAUGUGGCCUAUUUCACCUUUGGUGACAGCCAGCUCAUGACAGAUGUCCACGACAUGCACGCUUUCCUCACUCAGAGGAAGAUCAGUGUCGGGGAGGUGUACGAUCUCUUGGGGCAGUACUACAGCUCGGUGUGCAAGAGUUGUCUCGGUCGGCGCCCUGACGUCAGCCUCUACUCCUUCAUCUACCGACAGGUCAGCUCCUCCUUGGCGCCCGCUGACUCCGAUAUAUAGGCUCGGCCAGACAAGACGUCCCCACACACUGCCAUUAAGAUCAGGUGGCCUAUGAGUCACUGUGCCUUACGGUCGGAGGAAGACAAACAAACACAGAGCUGAACCAUUCACAAUCCGGGUUUUCAUUCAUAACAAAACUAAGCAGCAGCGAGAAAUAAAAACCUGGCGCGCAAAUCCUUUUCACUGAAGUGCGUGGUGUGAUUAGUUCUGACCUCGUCUGGCACCGCAGUCCACGCUGCAUUCAUUUUUCUCCCAGUAAUACGCCGAUGGAUUGAGCUUCGAUAUGACACAAUUGUGAUUUUAAUGGUGAAGCAAAGGUUGCCAUCCAUCUUCUGAGUUUGUCAUGUUACCUUUUUUACACCCGCACAUAUCCAACCUAAUUGAAUUGGCUGUCAGAAAUCAACUUAAAGGAAAAGAAUAACAAGAAAGCGGUCUCAGGAAAGCGGUUUGAUUUUAAAGAGCAGUCCAGCUCUAUAAUAAGAAUAAUCUGUUGCCUUCCUUUCAGUUUAAUUUUAAUAUGUAUUUGUAGAAAAAUCCAUUUUCAACCAUGGCUUCAUGGGUAGAUUUUUGGGUUGAUUGUCAUGUGUGAUACACACACCAAAGAACCCAGCUGCACUUAAAUAUCGGCUUAAUUUGCUUUGUGUUUUAUAAUAAUUUGCUGUAUAGCUACAAUUGAAUGGAUUUUCAGAUUCAAUAAAAUAUCUGUUAUUUAAAUCA